GGGCCCCUCCUGGCGGCCAGCUUGGCCCAGCCCCCCGGAUUAGCGAGGGCCUAAGCCUCUUUGCUGCCGCCGCCCCCGGCAUGGCCCGGCAUGGACACCGGCGGCGCUGAGCGGCGCGGCGGAGAGCUGUGCCUGCAGGUGGGCGACGCGGGCCUGGGCGGCCUCAUCCUGCUGCUGCUGACGGCCCGGCCGGGACCGGGCGAUGGGGCUGCCCGCGGAGACCCCCCCGAGCCCGGCGGGUCGCGGGGGCCCCUGGCACGCUCCUUGCAGCGGGCAGAGGCCAUGCUGCGCAGCGUCACGCCGGGGCUGCGCCGCCUGCUGUCCCCGCGGUCGAGCCGGCGCGGCGACACCGACGAGGAGGACGACGAGGAGGAAGAUGAGGACGAAGCGGCGUCCAUCGUGGUCCCGCUGGAGCAAACCUUCCCGGGGCUGCGCCGCUGCCUCUGCGUCUGGGAGGACCCUCGCACCGAGACCUUCCUGGGCUACGUGCGGCCCCAUCCCAGCGGCGCCGGCGACUUUUCCGAGGACGCCGUGCGGCGGCGCGUGGCGGAGCGCGGGGCCACCCUGCACGCGCUGCUGCAGCACCGCCACCAGCUCCGCCUGGCCCGCGACUUCACCCGACGCCUCAAGGCCUCCUCCGACUUCCUGCGGCGGCUGCAGGAGCCGCCGGGGCCCGGAGAGCUGCGGGAGCUGUGCCUGGAGCUGCGGGCGCACGCGGGGCACUGGGCCGCGCUGCUGCGGCGCCUGCGGACGGACGCGUGGCUGCGGGCGCUGCCGCGGCGCCGGGGCCAGCUGCCCGCGCUGAUGGCCGCGCGCCUGGCCGGGCGGCACGUCGAGGGACGGCUGCGGGAGCUCGGCCGCCGCGGUAGCCCUGCCCCGGCCUCUGAGUGCCUGGCUGACCUCUUCCAGGGGCUGGAGAUCUACAACCGAGUGGUGCGGGGGCUGGCGGAGGAGCUGGGCCCCGAGGUGAAGGCUCCCGGUGCCUUCACGGUGGGCGGGGUGCUGCGGCUGCUGGCGGCCGAGCGGGGCCGGGCCGUGGCCCGGAGGCUCCGGCCGCUCCUGUGGCCCCAGAGUGGGGACAUCAGGGAUGGACGCGUCUGCUGGGAGGACGUGGUGCUGCCGUGGCCACCGGGGCACGGCACGGCUGCGACGGGCACGGGUGUGGACGCGGAACCUUCCGGAACGGAGGCGCCGCCGGCGCUGGCGGCUGAGCUGCAGGCGCUGUGCCAGGAGGACGAGGAGCUGAUGGGACACGUUUUUGGGGCGCUGGUGGCCUCAGCCGACAGCCUGUGGCAGCCAGUGCUGUCAGAGAGCCCCGAGCCGCCGGGGCUGCGGCCGGGCAGCGCGGGCGGCUGGAAGGCCGUGCGGUGGCUGGACGCCGCCCGCGGCCCCGCGGCUGCCACCCUGAGCGCCCGCUACCGCCUGCUGCUCUGGGAGGCUGCGGGCGCCGUGCUGGGGGACACCCCGGGCACCCCCCCUGCCACCCCCAGCGCCACCGUCAGCGCGGCGUGGGAGCUGAGCCGCGCGCUCGCCGUGGCCCGUGUGCCCGCUGAGUGCCGGGAGGAGCUGGGGCGGCUCUGCCUGCAGCUGCUGUGCAGGAGCAUCCUCUGCAGCUGGGACACGGAUUUCACCCGUGCUCUGGGCUCAGGGCUGUCAGACAAGUGCUUGGAGGCCCCGGGGGGGUCCCCAGGGCCGGGGUGCAGCCGUACAGCCCAGCAGCUCCGGUGCCUCUUCCCAGCCCUGGCGCUGGCCCUGCGCUGCCUGCGCCUGCUGCCCGCCCGCCCGCACGCCCCCCCCGGGGGUCUCUGCCUGCGGCUGCAGGUGCUGGGCCGCUGCCUGGCGGCGGUGGCGGCCGCCCACGCGUGGCUGACGGGCCGGGCCGGGCGGUACCUGGCGGCCUGGGCGCUGCCUCAGUUCCUGCUGCUCACCCAGGGAGACCUGCAGGUGCUGAAGGCAGAGGCAGAGCAGCUGAUGCUGCAGGCGAGCAGGACCUUCCCGGAGCCAGGGGACAUUCCUGGGGACAGCCCCCCUGAGCCGCCCCCCAGCCCGGGAUCCCCGUGGGAGCUCCAGCUGUGCCGGCAGAUCCGCGACGUGGCCAACAGCAUCCAGCUCUUCUCCGGGGAUGUGCUCUGGAUGUUCUCCACCAGCUGCAAGCGGCUCUCGGCCGAGAUCUUCGACCAGACGAUGCCGCUGGGCCGGCACUGGCGGCUCGGGCCCCGCGCUGAGCUGCCCAGCUCCCCCAGCGCCUACGCGGCGGCCGCGGUGCAGGCGGUGCUGGGGCAGGUGCUGCAGGGGGCCCAGGCCCUGCCCCACGAUGCCCAGGUGCCCACCCUGGCACGGGUCACCACGGCCUUCCUGGAGGCCUGGAUGGAUCACAUCCUGACCCGCCGGAUCAAGUUCAGGCUCAGACGAAGGCGCCCACCCCCUGGAACCAUCCAUGGACCCUGUCCCUGGCCUGGACCCUCUGGAGGGGCUGGCCCCACUCCCGGGGACGCCCCCGCUGGCUCCCGAGGCCGAUCUCCCGGCCCGGCCCGAGUCCCCGUUCCCGGGCAGCCAGCAGCAGUGGCUGUCCCUGCGGCUGCACCGAGCUCGCCGCUGGCGUGUGCCAGGGCUGCCGUGCGUCGGGAACAGCCCCGAGGGCUGAGCUGGAAUAAACCUGGAAACGCCAUGGCCGUGGCUGCGUCUGUGAGGGGGGUAUUGGGGUAUGGGGGUCUGGCAGCCCUGGGGUGUGAUCCUGGUAUUCCAACUGCUGGUGGGCAGGAUCUAACUGGAGUUUUUGUGGGGAGACCGGUGGGGCUUGGGUGUCCUGGGGGUGCAGCGUGGGAUUCCCUCGGGGUCAUGGGGACACUGCGGGUGCAUAGUUGGGGCUCCAGGGUGAUCCUAGGGAAGGCUGCGGGCCCUUUGGGUAUCCCCGGAGAGGCUGGGGAGGAGAUCAGCGGGCGUAAGGAGGAGCGAGGACUGUGUGGCAGGGCUGGCCGGGGACACCCUGCGGUGUCGCUGUCCCCUCGGGGCCGGUUUGGGCCGGGGGGUCCCUGGAGGACUGAGCCCGCGCGCGUUCCUCCCGCCCGCCAGAAGGCGCUCGCGGCCCCGGCCCCGCCGCAGCUGUCGCAGCGCUGA